UUUUCGUCCUCCAACCAUCUCGGAAAAGUCGACUGAGCAAGAUGAGCCUCAACCCGAACGCCAAGACGUUCUCCUUCAACCCGGCCGCCUCGUCGUGGACGCCGCCAGUGCCGUCACAGAUCCUUCCCAAGCCUAAACCUGCUGCCGCGGCACCUGCUCCCCCUGCUGCUCCGGUGGCGGCGCCGCCUGCCCCACCAGCUGAGGUUGUGGCGUCUCCCAAGAAAGCCGCUGCUGCACCGGCCCCCAAACCCGUCGAGGAAAAGAAGGCUGCCGCGGUUGUCGAGGACGCUGUCGUCGCGGACGAGGACUUUGAACCGCUGACGGACGAAGAAAUCGGCGAAGAAGAUCCUCGCGAACACAUCAACGUCGUGUUGAUCGGCCACGUCGACGCCGGCAAGUCGACCUUGUCCGGCAACAUCCUGUACUUGAUGGAUCAAGUGGACAAGCGAACCAUCGAACGCUUCGAGAAGGAAGCCAAGGCCCGCAACCGCGACUCUUGGUUCCUCGCGUUCAUCAUGGACACUGGGGAAGAGGAGCGCGCAAAGGGCAAGACCGUCGAAGUCGGCCGCGCGCAGUUUGACACCCCGAACAAGCGCUUCACCAUCUUGGACGCGCCUGGGCACAAGAACUACGUCCCCAACAUGAUCCAAGGCGCGGCGCAGGCCGACGUCGGCAUCCUCGUGAUUUCCGCGCGCAAGGGCGAGUUCGAAACGGGUUUCGAACGCGGUGGACAAACCCGCGAACAUGCGAUGCUGGCCAAGACCCUCGGCAUUAACAAGCUUAUUGUUGUAAUCAACAAGAUGGACGAAGCCAAAUGGGCCAAAGAAAGAUUCGACGAGUGUGCCGAUAAACUCCGCCCGUUUCUUCGCGGCUGUGGGUAUGCUGUUAAACGUGACGUGGUGUUCAUUCCGAUCUCGGGCCUCGCGGGUGAUAAUAUCAAGGUUAAAGUGGACCCAUCGAAAGCUCCAUGGUAUGAAGGCGAGAGUUUGAUUGACUUUCUCGACACCAUGACCAUUCCUGGGCGCAACCCCGCGGGGCCGCUGCGGGUGCCCGUGCUCGAUCGAUAUCAAGAGCGCGGUACGAUUGUGCUCGGCAAGGUCGAGUCGGGGGUGCUCACUACGGGCGCCAAGAUCGUGCUGAAGCCCACAAGUCUGCGUACAACUGUAGCGCAGGUUUACAUCAACGACAAGCCGGUGCGCACAGCCAAACCUGGCGAAAACGUGACCAUGCGGCUCACUUGUGGCCUCGAAGAGAUCACCAAGGGCUUUGUGUUGGUCGGGGCCGCCGAAGCCGACGAAGCCAAAAGCGUGACUAAAUUGGUGGCUCAGAUUGCGUUCGUCGAGGCUUUGGAGCACCGUCCACUGCUCACGGCGGGGUACAAGGCCAUCCUCCACUGCCAUACGAUUGCGCAGGAGUGCACGAUCACGAAACUGCUGCGUCCUAUCGACCCCAAGACUGGCGAAGCACUCAAGAAGAAGGUCAUGUUCGCCAAGGCGGGCCAGAGUGUAGUGGUGCGCCUCGAAGUGGACCAGUCGAUUUGUGUGGAAACCUUCGAAAAUCUGCCGCAGAUGGGCCGUCUGACUCUGCGAGAUGAAGGCAAGACCAUCGCCGUGGGAAAGAUCCUCAAGCUAGAGACCAAGGCUGCGUAAGAUUGGGAAGAUGCCAGAUUUAACUAACUAGUAAUGGUGUUUUGCUGUUGCUGUAGCCAACAACGAUUAGUAGUAGUAGUAGUG